AUGGCAGGAAAUGAUGCCAACAUACCAGGGAAUCCAUUGGACAGGAUUAGUGAUCGAAAAAGGAGCCUUCGGAAUGCACUUGCAGAGCUUGAUAUUGGAUUUUUGAGAGACAAUGCGGCUUGGGCAGAAGCUUAUAAAACCAUGGACUGGUCGAAAAUUGAAUGCGUCGAUCAGUUGGUCAAAAGUACGGAGCAAAUUGUGUUGAAGUAUCCGAAACCGGUGGAUCCCAUCAAAAAGGCCAUCUCGAGUGUUUUUGAAGAAGUAUUACUGCGGUAUCCGCUAUUUUUCGGGUAUUGGCGAAGAUACACGGCUGUAGAAUAUCAGCUUAACGGGAUAGAGAGCUCCAUAGAGGUUUUAUCAAACGCUGUGGAGAGUUUUCCUAGCUCCGUCGAGAUUUGGUGCGAUUAUCUCAGCGUUUUGAUGGCGAACAGGUCCGAGAAAGUGGACAUGAUAAAAAUUAAUUUCGAAAUAGCAAGAACACAUGUUGGAUGGCAUUUCCUUUCACAUCCGUUUUGGGACAAGUACAUUCAGUUUGAGACUAAAAGAGAGUGUUGGCCGGAACUGAACGAAAUCUACAGAGCGGUGUGCAAAAUACCACUUCAUCAGUAUGCCAGGUACUACACUGCGUAUAAAAGUUUCUUAGAACAGCAUUCAGAGCUUGCGUCUCAUGAAAUAGAAGACAUUUUCCCGCGGACGCAGCGAUUGGUGGCCAAAGUUUGGCCCUUUGAGUCCAAAAUAAGUAAACCAUUUUUUGACCUGACACCAGUUACUCAGACGGAUCUUGAAAAUUGGAAUAAUUACUUAAAUUCGGUGAUUUCCAGCGAUAGUUUACCAAAAGAGGCAGCUGAAAUGCUGUUCGAAAGAUGUCUCGUGCCUUGCCAGUAUCAUGAACAUUUUUGGAAACGCUAUGCCAAAUGGAUGAAUAAUCACAGCGAUUUCGAACACAUAGUGGAAACUUUCAAACGGGGUUCCAAAGCUUUGCCUGACCACUGUUUGUCUUUUAGGCGAGACUUCAUAAAAUAUCUUGACGCCCAACUAAAUGAGGAGGACGUUUCCCGAAAAUCUCAGGUUCUCUAUGAAGAGCUUAUCGAAUACGCAGCCUACUGGCCAAGACGCUCAGAGCUGGUUCAUGAAUACAUUAAUUGCAGAAAAAGAACAGACUUUACCUCUUCUCUUGACGAAGACGAUCAACAAAUUUUAAAGCAGCAAACUGCAUAUACAAAUUAUCUCCAUGUCAACAUCAACGCAUUUUUUGCCAAGAACUCUGAGGGAGAUAUUCAGUUAGAGCGACUCCUAGAUGCAGAUUCUAUAUCGGUUCUCAUUGUAGAGCUUAUCAAAAUGACGUUUUUCACUCUCAAGAACAAUAUUCAAACCAGAAAAUUCUUUAACGAAUUCAGAAGAGAGCCCCAGUUAAAAAACUCCGUUGCAUUCUGGUUAAUCUAUUAUAAGGUCCUCAAAGUAACACGAGCCUUUGAAGAGCUAGAGGCUUUCGUGGACGAAUUGGGCAACAAAAUAUUUUUACCAACCCUUGUGAUUAAUGACAUUUUAAAGGAUUUGCAGUCAUUUUUCCUUACAAAUCUAAAUUUCCGUUCUUACGACAAUGCAACCAGUCGCAGUAAAUACUCCAGGACAAUUGAUCCAAUUAUAGAGCUGGAAUUCAAAUUGAACGAUCCACAGUGGGUAAAAGCUAAAUUGAAUGAGUCAAAACUUAACGACAUUAAAGAAAGCGGACACCCGGGAAUAAUUAUAGAAAGGCCUGAAAUCAGCAAUUCCAUAGUAGAGCUCAAUUCAGCCUUCUUCAAUAAUUGUGCUCAUUCAUUGCCAAGUUUCCGUAAUUUAGAGAAAGUGACCAAACCACCUGCAUAUGUUAAUCAUUUCAAAAGUGAUUAUUUGGUACCAAAAUAA